AAGCGGAAGUCGCAGUGCGGACAGCUGGAUUUCCGGCUUCGCUGGGUUGGUUUGGUUCUGGAAGUCGGCGGAGAGGAGUCUGAGGGUGACCGGGGACAGAUAGCGAGCGGCCGGCGGGGACCCCUCACCAUGGCGGUGUCAGAGGCCCAGCUCAAGAAGAUGCUGAGCAAGUACAAGUACAGAGAUCUGUCUGUGCGGGAGAUCCUGAAUGUCAUCGGGCUCUACAGGGACCUCAAACCAUUACCAGAUAGUUACGUUUUCAACGAUGGCACCUGUAGAGAGCUGCUGAGCCUUUCAGGCACCAUUCCUGUACCUUAUAAAGGUAACACGUAUAAUAUCCCCAUAUGUCUGUGGCUGCUGGACACCUACCCGUACAACCCCCCAAUCUGCUUUGUUAAACCCACCAACACCAUGACCAUAAAAACCGGAAAACAUGUAGACGCCAACGGCAAGAUCUACCUCCCUUAUCUGCACGAAUGGAAACACCCUCCGUCAGACCUGCUGGGGUUAAUCCAGAUCCUCAUUGUCGUCUUUGGAGAGGAGCCACCGGUGUUCUCCCGAUAUCCUGCACCAGCUCCCUACAUGUACCCGGCCGCCGGACCCCCCAACACCUCAUAUAUGCCAGGAGAUAACCCACCAUACCCGGCAGGGCACCCGUCCAACCAAAGCGGGUAUCCUGACUACUAUCCAGCUGGUGGGCCCUAUCCCCCAACCUCCGGGCCCCAGAUGUUUCCUCAGCCCCCUGUACCUCACCCUCAGGUCACCAGCUCCGGUCCAGCGAGAGACGGCACCAUUGGCGAGGACACCAUCCGGGCCUCUCUUAUUUCAGCUGUCAGCGAUAAGUUAAGAUGGAGAAUGAAGGAAGAAAUAGACCGGGCUCAGGCGGAGCUGAACGCCCUGAAGCGCACGGAGGAGGAUCUGAAGAAGGGACACCAGAAGCUGGAGGAGAUGGUCAACAGGCUGGACCAAGAAGUGACGGAAGUGGAUAAAAACAUAGAAACCCUGAGAAAGAAAGACGAGGAGCUGGGGGCGGUGGUGGAGAAGAUGGAGAGUCAAUCGGAGUACAGAGACAUCGAUGAGGUGAUCGUGCCCACCGCCCCGCUCUAUAAGCAGAUCCUCAACCUGUACGCCGAGGAGAACGCCAUAGAGGACACCAUCUUCUACCUGGGAGAAGCGCUGCGGCGCGGCGUCAUAGACCUGGACGUCUUUCUCAAGCACGUCCGUCUCUUGUCACGCAAGCAGUUCCAGCUCCGGGCGCUGAUGCAGAAAGCCAGGAAGACGGCCGGACUGAGCGACCUGUAUUAACAUCAACACCCACCUUUUUUUUUUUUUUUUUUUCUCCCUCGAUUCCUGACUGAGAUCAAUAAAGAUUUGGGUUAAAUUAUUCUAAAAAUAAUUGAAAAAAAAAAAAAUGGAGAAAAAAAGAUUUUAUUUUUUAUUUUUUUUGCUGGUGUGGGGGAGGCUGUAGCACAGCGAUGCACUUUGUCUAUGGUUUAGAGAGAGGUAACCAGACAUGGCGGACAUUAUUUUUUACCGUCGCUGACUCCGCCCCCUUCUGACUGGUACAGACCCUUUACAGGGGGCGGUAUAGAUCUCGUAUCUAUGGGUACGCUGAUGCCCGCUACUUCUCUAUAGCUUAGCUAGACUUUCUGGUUACCGGUUAGAUCAUUGUGUAGAGCAGGGUUUCCCAAGCAGUGUGCCUCCAGCUGUUGCAAAACUAGAACUCCCAGCAUGCCUGGAACAGCUCUGUAACCUACAGACCUAGUAAGUAUACCGGUAGAAUAGGGUUUCCCAACCAGUGUGCCUCCAGCUCUUGCAAAACUACAACUUCCAGCAUGCCCGUACAGCCGUAGGCUGUCCGGCCAUGAUGGGAGUUGUAGUUUUGCAACAGCUGGAGGCACAUUGAUGAGGAAACACUGCUUUAGUUUAAUUUUGAUCCUAGACCUGGCCGGAAUCCCAAUGAGGUCCUAGUAUAACCUACAGACCCAAUGUAUAUAGAACAGUGUUUCCCAUCCAGUGUGCUUCCAGCUGUUGCACAACGACAACUUCUAGAUGUAGUUUUGCAACAGCUGGAGACACAAUGGUUGGGAAACAUUGCUGUAAAUUCUGCAGUUAGACUUUGUCCUAGGCCUGGCCAGAAACCCAAGAAGGUCCUAGGGUGAAGUGUUUAGCUGUCCGGGCAUGCUGGGAGUUGUAGUUUUUACAACAGCUGGAGGCACCCUGUUUGGGGAAACACUGUCGUAGAGGGCCCAGUAUACAGGUCCGACUUGUACAAAAAUAUAUAUUUUUAUUUAGUUUUUUUGUUUUUUUUUUUGUAGGAAAAAAUUCUAUUUGAGAUUUGCCACCUGAAUUUUAUUUACGAAAAUUUCCACUAACGCUAAGGGCCGCACGGCAAACCUCAGCGACUGGAAGGUUUCUCCGUAAAGCGCUGGCUUUUUUUUUUUUUUUUUUUGCUGAGGAGGUUGUACGUCACACGGGGGGGGGGUUCGGUUGCCUUUUUUUUUUUGCCAUGUCUAUAUUUGUAUGUGAAGCAGCUGUACAGUGCACCUGGAAGUUCUUGCUGUGUGCGGACGCAGCAAUAAGUCCAUCUGUAUGUGAAUAAUUUUAUUAAU